ACGGGUGAGAAAAGGCCCCUGAUUGAAUGUACAUAGGGCGCAAGCGGACAUGCUUUCUGAGCAAUCAAUCUAUCACCGAUAGUCACGGUUUGAUAUUCGAAAACGCGGAUAACACAUGCCCGUGAGAGGUGUGUCCUCCAUUCAUUCUGAACUUCGCCUCAGGUCGACCCAAUGUUGAAAAACAUAAUCAUAACCAUAAACCCAUUCCUUGCUUGGUGUAACAUGAUACAAGGUCCUUCCACUGAAACGAGCACAGCUUCCAAAACCGAGAUACAACACGCGGGGGGUUAUAGCCGCCGGUCACAAGACGACACGGCGGGAAGAAAGAGAGCAAGCGUUGAGCAGGAAGCACCAGCCCAAAAUAUGCGUCCGUACCCCACAAACAAAGAAUUGAGGGCCAGGUCAAGGGCCACGAUAGAGCAUACGGACGAGACAGAAUCCUCACGACAGACAAGGACGAAAUCAUAUACUCCACUGUCUCCAACCACUCCGUGGGCCACGAGACAAGAAGUAUGCGCUCCGCUACAUGUCGGGGUACCGGAGAAUGAGAUGUGGGCUCCACCACAGGCGGGUGCAGCCUCUCCAAUAUCGCAAGGCGCUGAAGAAUCCAGGGGCACAAGGCGCCCUCGUUUGUAUGACACAACACACGAUUCUUCUCGGCAACUUUCAGCCCCUCCACCUUCUGUUACACGCAGCAUGAGCUCUCACAUGAUUGUACGAGACAAUCAAAGCGUGGAGAUGGAGCAGUUGAAGAAACAACUUGCAUCAUAUAAAAAGGAGAACGAGAAGUUGGCUGGCGAGCGUAAAGAUGCUGAAGAAAUUAUCCGGGACAUGACGGCCGUCCUACAUACAACGAGGGCCGAAGCGCGACGGCUACAUGAUGAGCUGAGCAAGAAAAAAUCAGAAAAUGAUAAAUUACGACAGGAGGUGGAGCACCUGAAGGGAUCUAUCAAUAUGUCACGCUCGCUCGAAGCUAAGCUCCAAGAGACCGAAUCCGCGCUCGCUUCAACAAGGAACUCUCUAGAUACCGCAACGAACCAACUAAAGGCCAUGUCAGAGCAAAAGACACAGCUGCACACCCUCCUCAACGACCGUACCUUCGAGCUGAAAGGCGCACAGAGCUUCUUAACCACAGCUGACGCCUUCUCAGGCGCUGACGUCAUUUCCGUGCUGCAGAAGCUCAAUGCCGAGGUGCUCCAGAGUGCUGCCUACAUGGCGGAAUCGAUGGUGGAUACGUUUUCAUUUGAGUCAGGUGGGGUAAGGAACGAGAAUGCCUAUGCAGUGGUGACGGGAUUAUUUGGGCAGUCGCUCGCGCAUUAUUUGGCCACAAAGAAGCAUAAAUAUGAUCCACUUCUCAUUCAAAUCACGUUCCAAUCGUGCUUCGUCCAAUUCCUCGAGUUCGUGAUUUGCUCAUGGACUCUGCCUGGCGACGACUCUGUCAACAGAAUGCUCGCCAGCACAUACGAAAGAAUGCGAUGUGGUGAGGCACAAGCAAUUUCGGGGAGGUGGCGGGCGCUCACGAGUGCAUACGCCCACAAUCACGAAGAGAGCCAGCUCAUCGCAUCAGUUACGCCAUACCUCACGGGACAUUUCUCCAACAUCAUGCUUGCUGCGGGAUGCUCCGUAGAACCAGAAAUACUUCGCGCAUCAGUCGAAAAAAAGUUAAGUGACAGGAUCAUACUCCUCUUCAAACUGGCCUUGCAGCUUAACAAGAUCAUGAUGGAGGAGAUCACGUCUGCCGACUUGAGAACGGUCACAGUGCCUUUCGAGACCACAUAUUCUGCGGAGCAGAUGGAGGAUGCAUAUGUAGAUGGAGACCCGGCUGCUGGUGGUGUUCGGGUGCUGUGCACAACGGAUCUCGGCCUGAGGCGCAUAACCAGGCUGGCCACAUCAGGAGACAAACAGUGGGAUGACAAGCUAUUGCUGAAGCCGAAAGUUGCACUGAAGACAGUGGUUGAUAGCAUGGAUGGGUAAAUGGUACAAUGUGAGAUUCUAUGCUUCUUCCAACUUGAUCUUUUUUAUCACUGUAUAUGCCUAUUCGUCCUGGCUUUGGUCAUGUAGAAGCUGUAUUACAUACCUGAAUGUCUCCCGUCCAUAUUUUUCCUCUUGUUUUGCGCUGGACUUAGGUUUAACAGCAU